CUCCAUCUUAAUUCGACACUACCGCAGAGCCGAGUUACGCCGGCGUGAUGGGAGGAGACCAAGGGAAGGGAGGAAAAACUAGCGGCUUUGCUCACCUGAGACCUGAGAUGCUCCCAUGAGUUUUCAAAGUGCUGGGCUCCUUACGGCAAAGACACCAUUUUAUAAAGUAGUAUUCUUUUGAUUUUGCCCUUAAACAGGGGUUCUGCGACAUUUACAGCCCCUCUGUUUAAAAGCCAGCCGACUUGACUGCAAUAAGCUUUCAAAACUGGGAAUGUACAUUGUUUUUCAGUGAACUGAUUUCCAGGACAAGGACUCAUCUGCACCCGCCCAAAUACCAUGGCACUGCUUGCGCCCUUUGCCACCGGAUCCUUCUCUUCCAAUGAGACUUUCUGAUUGUGUCUACCAACUCUCCUAUUAGGAAACCCGUGGGUUGCAUGCGGCUAUUCUGUUGUAUUCUCAUUCUCACCCUCCCUCCCCUCUCUCACUCGCACUCUUGCUGGAGGCACACCAAUACCAUUCCGCUGAGAAGAAAAAGCCCACAACUACCUUAAGCGAUUAAGACAAUAUGCGCAACCCUCGCCUUUCAUAGUAAUCGCUGUUUAAACCUGGCAAAACCGAACACCAGUCUUUGCAAGAAUGGAGUCGGUAAAACAAAGGAUUUUGGCCCCAGGAAAAGAGGAACUAAAGAAUUUUGCUGGAAAAUCCCUUGGCCAGAUCUACAGGGUGCUGGAGAAGAAACAGGAGACCGGGGAGACCAUCGAGCUGACCGAGGAUGGGAAGCCUCUGGAGGUGCCUGAGAAGAAGGCGCCGCUGUGCGACUGCACGUGCUUUGGCCUGCCGCGCCGCUACAUCAUCGCGAUCAUGAGCGGCCUGGGCUUCUGCAUCUCCUUUGGCAUUCGCUGCAACUUGGGCGUGGCCAUUGUGGACAUGGUCAACAACAGCACCAUCCACCGCGGGGGCAAAGUCAUCAAGGAGAAAGCCAAAUUCAACUGGGACCCAGAAACCGUGGGAAUGAUCCAUGGUUCCUUCUUUUGGGGCUACAUUAUCACCCAGAUUCCGGGCGGAUACAUCGCGUCUCGGCUGGCAGCCAACAGGGUUUUUGGAGCUGCCAUACUUCUUACCUCUACCCUAAAUAUGCUAAUCCCAUCAGCUGCCAGAGUGCAUUAUGGAUGUGUUAUCUUUGUUAGAAUAUUGCAGGGACUUGUUGAGGGUGUCACCUACCCAGCAUGUCAUGGGAUAUGGAGCAAAUGGGCCCCUCCUCUGGAGAGGAGUAGGCUGGCCACCACCUCCUUUUGUGGUUCUUAUGCUGGGGCUGUAAUUGCAAUGCCUUUAGCUGGUAUUCUUGUACAGUACACUGGCUGGUCUUCAGUAUUUUAUGUCUAUGGAAGCUUUGGGAUGGUCUGGUACAUGUUUUGGCUUUUGGUGUCUUACGAGAGCCCUGCAAAGCAUCCUACUAUUACAGAUGAAGAACGUAGGUACAUAGAAGAAAGCAUUGGAGAGAGUGCAAAUCUUUUAGGUGCAAUGGAAAAAUUCAAGACUCCAUGGAGGAAAUUCUUUACAUCUAUGCCAGUCUAUGCAAUAAUUGUUGCAAACUUCUGCAGAAGCUGGACUUUUUAUUUAUUGCUUAUUAGUCAGCCAGCAUAUUUUGAAGAAGUCUUUGGAUUUGAAAUUAGCAAGGUCGGCAUGCUCUCUGCUGUGCCACACUUAGUCAUGACAAUCAUUGUGCCUAUUGGAGGACAAAUUGCAGAUUUUCUAAGAAGCAAGCAAAUUCUUUCAACAACUACAGUGAGAAAGAUCAUGAACUGUGGUGGUUUUGGCAUGGAAGCCACAUUGCUUCUGGUUGUUGGCUAUUCUCAUACUAGAGGUGUAGCGAUCUCAUUCUUGGUGCUUGCAGUGGGGUUUAGUGGAUUUGCUAUAUCUGGCUUCAAUGUCAACCACUUGGAUAUUGCUCCAAGAUAUGCCAGUAUCUUAAUGGGCAUUUCGAAUGGUGUUGGCACAUUGUCAGGAAUGGUUUGCCCUAUCAUUGUUGGUGCAAUGACCAAAAAUAAGUCACGUGAAGAGUGGCAGUAUGUCUUCCUGAUCGCUGCACUUGUCCACUAUGGCGGAGUUAUAUUUUAUGCAAUAUUUGCCUCAGGAGAGAAGCAACCCUGGGCAGACCCUGAAGAAACAAGUGAAGAAAAAUGUGGAUUUAUCCAUGAAGAUGAACUUGAUGAGGAAACAGGGGACAUUACUCAGAAUUAUAUAAAUUAUGGUACCACCAAGUCUUAUGGUGCCACAACACAGGCCAAUGGAGGUUGGCCUAAUGGUUGGGAAAAGAAAGAGGAAUUCGUACAAGAAGAAGUACAAAACUCAUAUACCUAUAAAGACCGAGAUGAUUAUUCAUAACAAAACUACUUGCUGGAUUUAUUUUUAGUGUUUGUGAUUAAAUUGUGAUUGCACAAAAUAUUUUAAAACAUGUCGUGUAAACAUGUAAACAUAUCAACAAGGCAAGUCUUGCUGU